AUGAGCCCACUCUACCGGCUGCUCCUGCUCACGUUCCCGCUUGCCGGCCAAGCCGAGGUGUCCUGCUUGACCGCCGAGCAGUGUCAGAAGGGCCCCGAGGGCGACACUCCGGAGCACGGAUCAAGAAUCUGCGAGGAGCUCAUGCAGAACAAAAUGUGCGCGAAGCCCGAGAGCGGCGGGCUUUGCUGCUCGGAUGCGUCGAUGGCGGAGGCGCAGGAGGCGGCGCGCCUCGCCGACGACGGCGCUCCGGCGGCGGACGCCGACGCGGAGGAGGAGGUGAAUGUCCAGGACGCUGCGGAGGAGGGCGCUGCGGAGGAGGCCGAGGCGGCUGCUGGAGGGCAAGGGGAGGAGUGUGCGGGCGGCGGCGCGCGCAGAGGCGAAUCCCCUCCGGAGGCAGAGUGUCGGCAGUGCAGCUCCAGGGCCCGCCGCAUUCUGAACCGCCUCCGCCGCGUCUUUGCGAAGAAGUCGCCUCCGUGCUGCGCCUAA